AGCUGUAUUCCUGCGGAACCUCCAGUCAGUUCUGCUUCAAGGAACAUAUCUUGUACAUUUUACCCUCAAAUCGCUGGAGUCUGUGGAGACAUCAUUAGUAAUCGAUACAUUUUUGGGGAUUCUGGUGUUUUGAGCAGAAGUGAGAGUCUGAUUGCAAAGUACGAAAGUUUCUUAGCAUUAACAUCAGGAGAAUGCAAAAUAUUCAGCAAGGAAGUGGCCUGCCGCUAUGCGUUUCCAUUGUGCGAUACUUCACUGAACAAGCCCCUUGCACAAGGCGUUUGUCGUAAGACCUGUGAAUUUGUGACCUAUGAAAAGUGCUUAAAUGAGUUAGAUUCUCUGAGGGUAAUUGCGGCACAAGACUCUGAUUUUGACGAAAUAAUGUUAAAUUGCACCUCAUAUCCCGCUGCCAAUGGAGGAGAGGCACCCGAAUGCUACCAACUCCCUGCAUUACCAGGUGAUUAUUUGCUCUAUUUUCUGCGGCUUUCAGGUCUUUAUUUUUUAAAAGAGACAAGCUUAAAGAUUUCUUCUCUCUUUUUUCUUUUUUAAAGGUGACGAAACAGAAAGUACAGGUUUGUAAAUCCAAUUCAUUUUUUUUCUUUCUGACGAGGGAUUGACGCUCGAAAUGUCACUUUUUGAAUUUCUUUCUGGUCUCAAAAUUUCUUGAAGAAAUCGGUGUAUUAAACCAAAGUUUUAUGUCCCACGGACGCAGCAACAGUAACCACUUUCAGUUCCAAAUCAGUUUAAUCAAGCAACUGAUCGCGCAAUGUAAAGUAAUCCGGAUUCCGAAAUCCGGGUUAAUUUUUCCUUGUAGAAUCCGGAAUCCGGGAAAUUUGUUAUCGUAGAAUCCGGAAUCCUGGGAUUUGGAAUCCGUUAUUCAGCUCAAGGAAUCCGGAAUCCCGCUAACGAUUGCAAUCCGGAAUCCAGGUUCCACUGACAAGGAAUCUAGAAUCCAAGACCGUCGUGGAUAGGCCACUUCCGAGUUGCAAAAACCCUCAUUUUCAAAAUGAGGCCAAGUACACAACCUUUGUUGUGAAAACGAGUCAUUUGCAUGAGAAUGAAAAUCAUUUCCAUAUCAAAGGCUCAGCACUUAACCUCGUUUUGAUACAGAGGCCUGGGGGAACUCGGAAAUGGCCCAUUACCUUAAAUGGGGCGAAACUGAAGACGACCUACUAAUUUGGGACACUGAAAUACACAAAAUGCAUUCCAUAUUUGUCACUUGACCUCUGCAAAAAUUCUCCUCAUGUAAGCGAAUCCAAGACAGUCUUGGAUUCCAGGUACUGGAUUCAGGAAUAUUUGUCAGUGGAACUUGGAUACCGGAUUCCAGUCGUAAAUGGGAUUCAGAUUCCUUGAGAAAUACUCUGGACUAAAAAGCCCUGGAUUCAGGACUCCACAAGCAAAAAUUUCCCGGAUUCCAGAAGCCGGAGAACCCGGAUUCCCUUCAAUGGGGCGAAUGAAUUUUUGAAACAAUCCAUAGAUUGUUACUAUGGCAGCGGCGUUGGAUAUCGUGGCAAUGUGAAUAUCACCCGUUCGGGCCUUCCGUGUCAGCGAUGGAUUUCUCAAUGCCCUCACCGUCAUUUGCGGAUUCCUGAAGAUGUUGUUGAUGGUCAGAAUGACUCCAACAUGUGUCGUAACCCGGAUGCCAGUGCCCCGGAUGGACCUUGGUGCUAUACCACUGACCCUAAAGUUCGAUGGGAGUACUGCAACAUAUCCCGCUGCCCUCGAAGAGGUACUUUUUAGGUUUUGGUUUUGUAAAAUCUUAAAGCUUAAGAAAGAUAAGUUUAUAGUUACACCAAAGGAUAUACUUUGCCAACAGACUCACAAGGAAAAGCUCAAGAAGUACACUGAUUCAUCCAUCACAUCGUUUCUUUACUCAAUAUGUUUUUCCUUUCUCUCCUGUUUCUUAACUGGCCUCCUUAGCUUCCUUUCUUUCCCCAUCCCUCGCUCACACCCUUCCGUCCUUCCUUCCUCCCUGCCUCCCACUCUUCCUCCCUGCCUCCCACUCUUCCUCCCGUUCUUCUCUCGAUCCCUCUCUCCUUUCCUCGCUCCUCCCAUUCUUACCCUCUCUCCCUCCUCCACCCUUCUCCCUUCCUUCUCCAUUUCUGUGUUAUUGAGUGUCUGCGAAAAUUUCCAUUCACCAGUUCCAUCUGAUGGCCCGAGGUUCCUAAGAGGAUAUCCUCUCAACUCAACUGCAAUUCACAUAUCCUGGGAACUUAUCCCUCCACGCUCUCACAAUGGAAAGCUCCUGGGAUACCGCAUAAGAUACAGACGCCUUGGAUCCCAGUUACAUACUGAAAAGAAUGUUACUAGUAACAGCACAAAAGUUGUGAUCAGCAGACUUGACUUCCGAACUUCGUAUGAAAUUAAAGUGAAUGGCUUUAAUGAAGUAGGUCACGGCCCACCUGGAAACCUCAUUAUCUUAGAAACCUUGCAAAAGGGUGAGCAUAUGCAAUCUGGCUCUGCACUCUUAGCUUUCUUGUUCUGUAUUUAAUUUUUCAAUAUCGUGAUAGAGAACAGAAGUGUGACGUCACAAAAAUUCAAAUUUUGGAAAUUAUGGGAUUGAUUGGCAUAUUCAGAAAGAAAAAGAUCAAAAAGCCCCCUUGCCAAAAAUCGACCUGUUAGCACACACUCGUGGGGAAAGAUAAGCACGGUUAUGCUCUCAUGACUCCAAAUAAAUCCAGGCCUAUUUAAGUGGAUCAGCCUGUUAGCAGGUUAGUGCACCAAUUUGUACUAACAAGCUGAUUGUUGGCAAGGGGGCUUUUAUAUCUUGUUCUUAAUUUGUUUAAUGUGUGACGCCAUCACCUAUCUUCUCUAAAUCCUUGUAUAAAACAGCGGAAAGAAGAUAGUCCAAUUUAUGCAUGCUUCAGUGAUAUUGUACGCUCUUUGAACUUCCAUGUUACUGAGUAACUUUUUAAAGUGAAGAACCCUCUUAUCACGUGGUGCUUCUGGAAAGGUGCUUUUAAAUUUUUAGUAAGUAGUGAAAGAUCACAGUUUUAUCUUAAGAAAAUAAUUCUUAUUUCCUUAUGUGUUCUUUUGGGAGAAUAUCGGAGAUUGAAUAUAUCACAUUACCCCAUAUAAACGUCGCUUUCAUGAGCUUCGCUCUUAAUUUCUGACCUUAAGUGAAAGCUGUUGCAGUUACAUUUUGAAGACUGGAUUUUCUUUCUUUUCAGGUAGAAUGGUUGUUGAUAUCAACUUUAGGCUUGUGAUUAACACUGGUUUUCACAGUGAUCUACUUAAUAGAAGUAGCGAAAAGUUCAAAGAGAUGGAAAGGAAUAUUACAUCGAAGGCAAGCAAUGGUUAUUUGGAAGUUGAUUUACGCUUCGAUCCGCCAUACUCAAGCAGCGUCGUGUCAAGCGCGCUCGCUCGCGCGCACUUUGAAAGGAGAUGACAAGACUUCUCGUUGUUUGAUUUGAUAAAAAUAAUACUACUACUUUUUCGUUGCAGAUAAAUAUUCAGUUCAAUGAAUCUUCCCUAUUCAAGAUUUAUGAAGUCAGAGUUUUGAGCUUCAGGUAGUAUUGCCCUCUUAUCAGCUAGUCAGUUGUUGGUUCCGACAAUUCACCAACAGCCAAAACGUUGUUGUGGCGUCAUUCAUUUGCUCUUUUUUCCUAGUAUUGAAUAACUUCUGGUCGUUUUCGAACAAAGAAGAAAUAAAAGUUCCUUAGCACUCUUUCACAGUUUUUUUCUAAGCGAAAAAUUAUUCACCUUGGAAGAAAUCUGUCACUGUCUUUUGCUCCUGCGAAUGGGUGUGUUUGGGUUACGUAUGUUCUCUGUGACCGAACUAGACUUUCCUAGACCAAAACGAAAUUAAUUCUCAACGCUAUCUACUUGUUACCUAUCUACUAGUUACUAUUAAUUGUUGUUUUUCUUACUCAUCAAUUUUCUCCCCUGAAUUACCAGUCGUGGAAGCGUAAACGCCCAGAUGUUGGCUUUAGCCAUAGUGAAUGAGCAUACUUCAAAAGCUGAGGCUUUGACUCAUUUUAUAGAAGGAUUGGAUCCCUCGUUUAAAGACAGUUUGGGCGUCGCUGCUCUUAUCGUUGCAGGUACGUAAACUCGAUGACUCUUAGAGUACAGCAUACUUUUUGCUGCUGAGUUCAGGCUCAGUCCUCAGAAAACAUAUUAAUGUAUGCGUUUACCCGAUUUUCUAAAUCUUAUUUUGUUUCUCUUUUUAAUAAGAGAAACCACCACCGCCUGGAAAUUUAAAGGCAAUUAACGUACAGACACGUUACAUUGUAAUAACGUGGGAGAAACCAAAAUAUGGAAGUGAUUUCCAGAUUCAAAGCACCUCAGUCGAACGCAGAAAAGGAGGUUCCAAAAGCUUCACCAAGGUGGCAGCCUUGCCCUAUACACAGACUGGGAUGGUUAUGGAGGACUUGGAACCAGCCACUGAAUACAUAAUCAGAUUGUCAAGCAUCAACAAAUAUGGGACAUCCGAUGGUGUACUUUUGACUCAAAACACAAGGGAGGGUACUGGAAUUUUGCUUUUUUUGUGCUGUAUAUAUGUAUAUGAGAGUAUUGACAUUUAAAACGAGGCUUAGUACAGUUACCCCAUCCCCUCAGGAACAUUUCCCGAUUUUUUUCUUAAGGAGAGGGGGCGAAUGUACACAUGCAAAGGAGAAACUGAAAGGGGUUUGAUUGGUUGGCCGGCUAUAGCUACUCCCUCGCGCUUAGUUGAUCUUCUAAUUUUUCAGUUAAUGAAAAUAAUAAUUGAUCAUCUCUCCGUCUAAGGAACUUCCCAAGAUAAAGAGCAGACAUGAAAUUUAACAUAGGAAGGUUAAGCACCAACUUCAGUAAAGGAGACAAAAGCAAGCGUGGCUUAGGGGAAGGCGAAUGUGUCCGUUUUCUUCCUUCAACCACCAUUUUCUUCACACAGUGUACUAAUUGGGUAGUGUACUUUCUUCAAAUACUUCCACAAACUGUUUCUUCCAUUUACCAGAAUACGACAAGAACCUUGAUUAAUUCAGGUUUCUUUCAUGAUUAUUGUGUCUACCUUGCAGAUGAAAUUGUUAAGAAUUUGAUCCUCACAAUUGUGCUUCCUUUGAGUUUGGCUUUCUUAUUCAUCGUCACCGUGUGCCUGGUUUUUCGGCCAUGUUGCCAAACAAAACCGAGAGAAGGAGAAAAGGUACAGUGAUGUUUACAGUGGCAUUCAUCAAAGCUUGGAGACAAUCGAUUUUAAUGUAUAACUUUGAAUGCCUUCAACUUCCCCUUUUGAACAAUCAAAGCCCGGUAAUGUGAGCGAAAAUGUUCUUCUAGAUUGUGUUUGGGAAGCGCGGCAAUUGGAUCGAGCUUCCCACAUCAGCUGUCGAGUUCAAGGAGAAGUUAGGUGAAGGGGCAUUUGGUGAAGUUUUCAAGGGCGUGGUCACGAUCAGCGGAAAAUUUACGAACUGUGCUAUAAAGAAACUUAAAGGUAAUCUCUGGUAAACUUUUUUAUGUUUAUGAUUGACCAAGGCCUCAAUUACUAAACUUCAUGUCUUAUUAAUAACUUAUAGAACUGAUCUAACAGUACUUUGGGUAUUCGAAUCGCAUCGCUUAGCAAAAAUAACGCAAUAUUUGGAAUAAAAAUGUUAUAUUCUGACUCGUAACAGCAACAAAAAUAUUUCUUAAAUGUCAGAAAAUGCAACAGAGAAAGAGAAGCGUGACCUAAGGAAUGAGCUGGAGAUAAUGGCUACAGUUGGUGAACAUCCCAAUGUGAUAAAUCUUAUUGGAGCUUGUACAGAAACAGGUAUCUCUAACUUUAAUUUUAAACUUGCUCAUGGUUGUAAAUUUCGUCCAUCAUGUUAAUUUUCAUGAGCAUAUAGAUAGGCACGGUAUGAAGGUGGCUCAAUGGGGUUUUUUGGGGUCAAUACCUCCCAUGUUUGAGCAUUUGCUACGUCGCCAUUAACAACGAUUUGGAAAAAUUACCACCACAGUUGUAUUAGAUAAAGAGCCUCUCGAGAUUAACCGUCGUUUUAUAUGACGUUUGAGUUUCAAAAAUAUUGACAACUAAUAACACACCUCCUCUAUCAUACAAUUUCACCCUGAGUGAGAAGUUAGUGUCAACGUUUGCUUAAGGGAGGGGAGGUGGGGAGUUUUUUAGUAUCUUGUAAUAUGUAACAGGAUUGUGAUGAUUAACUGUGCUAAAAAAUUAAGCAAUGAACUUUCUUUCGAACAGAACCCGCUUUAGUGGUUGUACGCCUAGCUGAAAAUGGCUGCUUAUUAAAUUUUCUACAGAAGAGCAGAGAAAAUCCUUACGUGAAUGUAAACCAACCGGAAAUAUGCUUUACAAGAGAUGAAAGAAUAAGGAUCGCAAAAGAUAUUGCAAAUGGAAUGCUUCAUCUAUCAAGCAAAAGGGUAAGAAGUUCUAAGAACGGAGAAAUUAGGACAAUUAGGAUCAUUUUGAAUUCUCGAUCUCGCUGCACUCGAUAUAUCAGACGAAUUCUGUGUUCUGAUUGACCGGCUAUUUGGGCGGGCCAGGUGGGUGUAUCUUUUCCUCUUGGGAUUGCCCGCUUUGUUAACGAAAGAAAAUAUCUGGUGCAAUCUUGCGAUCCUGUACAAUAUCUACCCAACAUGAUCUCUCGCCUGGUAAAUAUCGCAUAUUUAUUGUAUAUUUCUUUCUUUAAGUCAGUGAGAUCAUUAUGUCAUUCGUUGUGUUGUUGUAUUAAGUCAUUAAGUAGACCUUAAUUGAUUUCAUAAUAGUCCAGGGGCUCAUAAUGUUUGUUUGUUCAUUUAUUGCCGGAUCUCUUUAUUUAUUCUGAGCUCAUCCACCAAUGCUUGAAAUCCUGUUCCGUUAGAGUUGUCUAAGAGUGUUUUGGCGCGAAAGAUGAAUCUAUAGACCCUUUUCAUAUGACGUCAAGUCCCGGGAGGGGGAGGUACUGCCAUAUAUGGGCUAUAUAGGUAUGUGCCGCUGUGAAGGGUAUGGUUUUCAAGCUGUUUACUCUGGGAUAAGGUAUAUAAAUCAGAGAGCUUGGGUCUAGAAUAGGGUACCAUUUUCCAGGAAACUGAUCAAUUGGUUAAAGAUUGUAGUCUAGACUAGGGAGACUGGGAAUUGCCACUCAAGAAAAAAUCAAAUCGGUUUUCUUUUGGCUAGACUGUGCUAGUGACCUUAGUAGUUUUUGGAAAACAGCUACUCUAGGAUAGUAGUAGGGGGGGAUUUGGGGAGUUUAAUCUAGUAUAGGGUAGCAAAAUUCAAAAGUCCUAAAAUAAUAAACGGUUUCCAAACCAAUUCCGUGGGAGUUGUAAACAUUUUCUUAUGUUGCAAUAAAUUUGCAUAGCUGCUGGCCACAUGAGUAAAAAACCCUGACUAGGACCCGCCGCAUUUGCUACGAUCUCUCGUAAGCAUUAUGGGCCAAUACUAUAUACUAAGGAUACAUCUUAGCUCAAGAUAGCCCCGUAAAUAGGGGCCAGUCCUACGAUAUUGGAGAAAUGGAUGUUCUGGUUUGAUGAGCGCCUGUAAUGGUUUAUGGUUUUUCUUUGCAGUGCGUUCAUCGUGACCUUGCAGCUCGAAAUGUCCUUUUAGACGAGAAUUUUGUGGCCAUGAUAUCUGACUUUGGUUUGUCACGUGAUGUGUACGAAAGUGGUGAAUACGAAACAUUGUCUGGGGUACGUAAUUUAAAUACACUCUGUUAUAUAUAUGUACCAAAGCGGCUCGUGGUUUCUCUGCAAAGCUUUGACUGACAUUUGACACUCAUUUCUAUGGUCUAUAACAGCAUAGACAAUAUUGUCCUGUUAUCUAUUUAUUUAUCUAUAGAAUAUCUAGUCACUAUCAACUCAUGCCAUCCUAGAGGUGUUUACAGUGUAUGUCAAAACAGAUCAAUUUUUUUCUGCCACCUCUUAAUUCCCCUCAGUACCUGGGUGUUUAGUCUGAAGACGCACGGCACAAGAUUACAAACAAUCAGAUGCUCAAAUGUUUCCAAAGUGCUGGUAACACAAUAAACCCUGUGUGCGGCUACAACAAACCACCUCAAUAUUUGCGCCAACCCAUCCCUGCCCCCCCCCCCCCCCCCCCCCCCCCCCCCCCCCCCCCCACAUUACUUGGGUGUUAGGUGUCGCACCAACGCGAAAAAAAAAAAAAAAAAAAAAGUGCCAAAAUUUUUCCAAGGUUAUGUAAAAAAAAUAACCCUCGUUUGCGGAUAAAAAAACCCCCCUAAAUAUUGUCGCACCCCCCCCCCACCCCCCCCCCCCCCCCCUCUGAGAUGACCAGCGGUUUUCUAAUACAACUGGUAUUCUGCGAAUUCUGGUGUUGAAGUAGAGCAAGAGACGAUUGCACCCCCUCCUAAAAAAAAUCCUGGAUCCGCCCCUGCCCCACACGGGGUGAAUCGGAUGCAUCAUUUACAAAGGCUAAAUAUUUAAUCCUACAGGGUCACACAUUCACCUUGUUUCUCUCUUCUUGUUAUUAUUUCAGGGCAUGUUGCCAGUACGUUGGAUGGCUCUUGAAUCCUUAGAAGAUUACACCUACAACACAAAAACUGACGUGUAAGUUUAACCAGUAAUUACGUUUUUCAACAUGGAAGAAUCCAUAGUCGAAAUCAGCGAACGUAGCUGAAGAAUGGGACACUUCCAAGUUCCUAAAACUCUCACGUUCAAAAUGAGGCCAAGUGUACAACCUUUCUUGUGAAAAUGAGGCUUACUUGCUUGAGAAUGAAAAAUCAUUUCCAAAUCAAAGGCUGAGCAUUUAACCUCGUUUUGAUACAGAGGCCCUGGGGAACUCGGAAAUGGCUUUUUUACUUUAGUGAUAGAACGACUUUCUUUUGCAGUUGGUCAUUUGGCAUAGUGUUAUGGGAAAUAGAAUCUCGAGGUAAGUUCUUUAUAUUAAUUAAAGGAUUAUCUCGGGCUAACAGUUGCGGGACACUAAUAAUUUUUACAACCAUCCCUGAGAGAAAUGGGGAAUCACUCGUCUAAUAUAGUUUCUUUUCCUACUUUUUACUUCAGGUUUAAUGCCGUAUUCAGGAUUGGGAGGAAUGGAAGUUGUAGAAUUUCUCAAGUCAGGAAAGAGACUGAAACAACCUGAUGGCUGUCCAGAUAAGAUG